CUCGAGAAAUCUGAAACGCCACGUGGUUUUAAGCUGGGCUGGGCUUCCUGCAUAGACAUCUGUGCUCACUCAUGCUGUAACCCCUUCACCGUUACAACCCUCUCUCUCUCUCUCUCUCUCUCGCUACCGAGAUAGGACACACAGUGAGAUACAUGUAAGAUAUUAGUGCAGCCGACUUACAUACACAUCGUGUCUAGCUAGCUGUGUUUAAUUUGCUACCAAUUCUCCGCAUUUCAUGAGAUUGGAGCGGCAGAGUUUUCUUCUCAAUGCGAGGGAUCAGAUUUUUUUAAGCGGAAUUGAGUUCCCUUGUUGCCUUCAUGCGUAUAUGCGCAGGCGCAGCUGCUGUGGGGAGAGAGAGAAAGCUGUACAUUUCUACUUGAUCCUGCAACUACGAGUUUCUUGGUCAAAUUUCCGUUGCUAAAGGUAUGCUUAGCUCCUAAUUGUUUACAUGUUGUUAGGAUUAGCUCACAAGUAGAUGGUGAGGUGGCUAUCCAGUAUUUUAUCAAUUACGUUCGUAAAUCUCAAUUAAAAAAAAGCUUUUAUUUGAAAUCGAUUUUAGUUCUGCAGCUUUUAUCUAUCUGCUGCAAUGUGCAGUUAGUGAAGCACAGUCUGGACACCAGUAUUCUUCGAUGUGGUUAUUUUAGAAUUAUCAAAUCAUAAUCUUUUGCAUUUUACUGCAUAUAUGCUCUAUCAAUCGUAAUUUACAACAAGAUAAUGCUAGCCUUGAAAUUCGGAAUAUCAGCAAUGGAACAGGAGAAACAGGGGCACGCGCUCGCGCGUGAGGGUAAUUCUCAUUUGGAAUUUAGUUGCUCUUCUAUAAAUUCUUGAAAAUCCCGAUUUUUUUGAAUGAUGUAAAAGAAAAAUUGUCAGCUUGGAACUUGGCUUCAUUGAUUAUAAGGCGAGGUUAUGAUUCGGAUUAUUUCAUUUCUCUGUUUUCUCUACAUUAUUAAUUUUUGAUGUGUUAUAAUAAAAUUUUAAAUUCUACCGACAAGUGUGGUCAAGAGAAAACAAUACUACAUGUCUUUUUCAUGCGCCUCAUCAUUCAAAAAAUUAAAACUAAAUAAAUAUGUGUACUGUAACUAGUGGACUCACAUCCUUUCUGAAUAUGUCUUGGAAGCAAAGUCUUUCCUAACCGUUGGCAUAUAUCUGCUUUGGACCAUUCAUAGAAUGUAAAUUUAUUGGCAUUUUUUUUCUCAAUCAUAGACGUGUUAUUUAUUCUUUCUUUACUUAGAAUCCAUUAUUACCUUAUCUAAACCAGGGUCAAAUGAGAUAUAUUAGUGUAGAUGCUGAUGUUAAUACACUGUAUUUUUUCCCCCCUUAAUUUUGUCCAGUAUGAUUGCUGAGGGGUCUCUGUCAGUUCGAGAAGUAGUUGCUUUCACCGAGUUUGGUUGAUGAGCCAAAUUAUACUCAUGUACAAUAUCUUUUUUUCGAACCAUGAUUUUCUUCUAGCCAAAUCCAUGUCUUUUUCUUGCAUAUUUUUUUUUCAUUUAAUUGUUAGUUGAGAUGUCUUUCUAUAUAUGAACAAUCUUGGAUAAAAUACUCCGCUGGUCUGCCCUUGGCUUUCACCUCGUCUUAUCAUGCGUGAAGUCUGAAAUAUUAAGUGACGUUCAGCAAGAACAAGUUCAAGGUUUGUGGCUUAAAGAGAUGAACAAAUGAAUGUACAUCAAACACAAUCUAGCUCUGGUUGAGAGUUUACAAAAUGCAAUUUUGUUAUUAGUGCUGAAUUCAUGGGGCGUCGGGUAGAAAUCACACUUCUUUGUUUCAUUACCGUGGUCUGGUUUCAGCAGACUCUUUCUGAUGGGCCAGCAACAAGUUCUGACACGGACAAGUGGACAUGCACUUGUUCUAUUGCGCGUGAACAAACCUUGACUUUUGCCCUGGCAAACUGCUCUUCUUCCUGUGAUUGUAACCCUGCUGCAGGAGGAUCAGAUGAAAAUAGAUGGACUUGCAUUUGCAAUGCUGGUGGGCUACCUAGGUUAGUAGGUGAAGAAAAUGGCAGUAGCUGUUUUACAGCGUGCAAUUGUAAUGCUGGGACUUUAUCCGAGUUGGAACCUUCGAAGAAACGCAUUCCAGUCAAAGUUGUUUUCAUAGUUCUCUUACUCUGUCUCGUCCUGACAGCCAUUGGAUUGGCUGCUAUAAUGUUAUGGCAUGUCUAUCGGAAGGACAAGCAUCCAGUUCAAUGGGCUUCAUCUUCAUCAGAUAGACUAACAAGUUGUAGUAGUGCUGUAAACUUGAUGAGCCAUGGUUCUUCUCCUAUGCCAGUAUACAAAGGAUAUCUAGAUUCUUCUGCCAAACCUUUUAUGGGGUGCAUUCCCCAGAAUCCAUUCCUGUUGAGAAGGGGAACAAAAGCACUGCAUGGAACGAUAAUACAGUUUUCAUAUUCUGAGCUGGAAAACGCAACAGACAAAUUUUCUGAUACUAAUUUGGUCGGAGUUGGAGGAUGCAGCCACGUCUACCGUGGUAAUCUCAGAGAUGGUAGAACGGUUGCAGUCAAGAAAAUGAAAAGACAAGGUGGCCCGGACGCAGAGCAUGUUUUCCUGGCUGAGAUACAACUGAUUGCAAGACUUCACCACUGUCAUGUGGUUCCUUUGCUUGGAUACUGCUUGGAACACCAAGGGAAGAAUGCUGAGAGACUACUGGUAUUUGAGUACAUUCCCAAUGGUAAUCUCAGGGAAUGUCUCGAUGGGGAACUAGGCCAAUGUUUGGGUUGGAAUACUCGAGUUUCAAUAGCUCUUGGAGCUGCACGAGGUUUGGAGUAUCUCCAUGAUGCUGCUGCACCUAGAAUAUUGCACAGAGAUGUCAAAUCCACCAACAUUCUCUUAGACGAAAGAUGGAAAGCCAAGAUUACUGAUCUUGGCAUGGCUAAACACCUUCAGAAUGAUGGCAUUCUCAGCUGUUCCAGUUCUCCAGAUAGAAUGCAAGGGACCUUUGGUUACUUUGCACCAGAGUAUGCAAUUGUUGGACGAGCUUCUUUGAAGUCUGAUGUUUUCAGCUUUGGCGUAGUUCUUCUUGAACUCAUCACUGGUCGAAAGCCCAUCCACAAGUCAUCCAACAAAGGGGCAGAAAGUCUCGUGAUAUGGGCAACAGCUCGUCUGCAUGACAGUAAGCGAGUGAUAGAAGAAUUGCCAGACCCGCGUCUCCAAGGCAAGUUUGAAGAAGAAGAGAUGCAGGUAAUGGCCUACUUAGCAAAGGAGUGCCUGCUGUUGGAUCCUGAUUCUCGACCAACAAUGAGUGAAGUGGUCCAGAUUCUUUCGACUAUCGCUCCAGACAGAUCUAAACGGAAUAAUCUGCCACUACGUGCAUUCCAGUGUGGAAUGAAGAGUGAGAAUCCAGAGAUGAGUGAUGGAGAUCUUCAUGACGCCUCCUCCUCCUCGACAGAAGAGAUCAAGCAAAUCACUUCUGAGAUCAUCAAGAAUGAGAAGGAGGAAGAUGAUUCGCCAUCCGACGUGGAGAAGCUCAUGCUCCUCACUUCAAAGAGACGAAGCUCGCGGGGCCUCCAAGACGACGAAGUGGUGGAUUUAACGGAGCCACGGUUGGAGUCAUUCUGCCUGCCAAACUUUGAGUCCCAUGUUGUCAAGAUUUCAUACGCAGGUACAUAAAACUCUAUACACAUUUGCAGCUGCUUCAAACGUGCCUAGAAAGCGUGUUUACAGCGCCAACAGGAAAAAAUAAAUUAAAAAGACAAAAAAGUAAAGUGUUGCAUCUGAAAAGAACCAAAAGAUGGAAUGAGCAUUACAUUUUGUAUGAUGGCUCUCAUUGUAUUUUUUUUAUUCUUGAUUUUGAGUUGUAAAAAAUGCGCUAGGAUUGGGUUUGUUUAGUGUCGAGGAGGUUAAAGGAUGGGUGGAAGUGGAAGCAGGAGCUCAUCAAAUGCUCUUUUAUUGGUUUAGGUUGGUAGUAUAUUCAACACUCAUUCUAGUAAUUUUUCACUUAUUUCGUGUAUAUUGCUGUACCACUAUAUUUAAAUUAGUAAUUUAAAAUCAUGGAAUUUGUUUUGGUACAA